UGUAUGUUGAUUGAACGUUGUGGUGCAGCGAGAGGGACGCAUAAGGGACGUGUCAAAAUGGGAGAAGUGGUGAUACAAGUUUACAACUCUCAAAUGCAUUCACCUAGCCAGGCCGAUUAAGCAUGUCCACAGAUGACAGCAUCUCAGAGGACGUGUCCAGCUCCGUGGCUCUGAGCCACGAUCAAAUUAGUGCCAAUGGCGGGAAGGAGAGUGAGGCAUCUGGUGUGUCUUCAGAGGACACGGUGUCAGGCCUGGCUGUCCCCGAGGAGGACCGCUCUGGUGCCCUCCAAGUGCGGGCCCUGGAAGGCUUCCUCCAGGUCGCCGAAGGAGCUGAGCUAACCCAUCCCUUGGACAUACCAGCGCGCAACAUUUCCCACAAACUAAGGAAUCUAUGUCUUCGUACUGAGGAGGAGUUUGGCUCAGGGAGGAACUUGCCCUUCAUCAACCCCAGCUCUUUGGAGACCCUUCGUGCGCUGGUGCAGGAGAUCCAGAGCAGCGGUGAGACCGACCCCGAGGUGUGGAAGAACUGUGAGGGCAGGUGGCUGCAGCUCUUUCAGCUGGUGGAAAAGCAAUACCAAGAACAAAUUCUUGCUCAGCAAGAACAGUACCAGUGCCAAAUCCAGCUCAUUCAGGAUGAGAUCAAAGCGUUGGUGCAGCUACAGAACCGGCCCAACCCCACCAAGGCAGAGCCUCCGGGGCACGUAACAAAUGACAGCCAGAGGUGCGUGCCGGGGGCGGGACCCACAUCUUCUACGGUCGACCCGCAGGAGAACUCCGAUGAGGGGCCGGUGACAGUCCUGAGCAGCGGCUAUGGGACGCUGUCAGCCUGGGAGCCCACGCCGGAGCCGGGACCGCCCCAUGUGGCUGAGGGGAGGGGGGGCGCGCCGUGGCUCGCCAGACAGCAGGGCAGCAGUCUUGCACGUUCUCCUUUAGCUGAAACAAGCCUGCAGGUGCGGGAUGCUGUCCUGAACAUCUCCGCCCCUCCCACUGGCACACCUCAAGCGACUGCCUCUGCUGUGACUAGCCCCCCUGCUGAUGAGCAGAGACUAAACAGUCAACUGCUGACCUCCUGGGCCCAGAGGCAGAAACACAGGCAAAAGAGAACCAAAGUGGCCCAAAAGCGUUCACCGCCGACGAAGAGGAGAGAGGACUGCAGGCCAGACAGCUCUCCAAAGGAGCACAUGGCCAGCAUGGAUGAGCCUGGUUGCACUGGAGUGUAUUCAAAACCCGUUGCUCUGAAGAGAAGUGACAGUCUCGUGUCUGAAGCCUCAGGUCUGACCUACUGGAAGUUGGAGGAGAGCGAGCUCUAUCACCCUCUACCUGACAGCUUUGAAAGUCUUUCUUUCUUCCUAAUGCAGGAAGUGUCUGUGAACCAGCCUCUAGCAGAUGAGGCCAGACUCUCUCUGUCUCUAAAGGAGAUCUAUCAGAGGAAGCAGAAGGGAGACCCCAAAGGCCAGGAGUGGGACUCCCUCAUCACCUCUGAUGCGUCCUCCCUUCAGCAGGUGCUGCCUCUGGACCCCACGGUGCCAGCGAGGCCGUCGGAGCGCACGUCGGGCUUCACGUCACCCUCCCGCUUCAGCAGUCCGUCUCUCACGGGCCGGUCCCGCCUCUGCCCCGCUGCCGGCGUCGGCCCCGUCAGCCCAGACUCUGUGGCAGCACUGCCCAGCGGCACCGACACCGACUGCGUGUCCAAUGCUAGCAGUCUGUCCACCCAGCCCGGCCUCGAGCGGAGCCCGGUCUCUCCGAUCCCUUGCGCCCCGCCAACCCAGCUGGGCAACAGCGAGGACGAAGGCAGCCACACGGCCUCGGUGACGCUGCGGCCGGCGCGGCUGCCCAGACGAGAGCGGCGCCCGAGCGGCAGGGGGCCAGACGCUUCCACCUCUCUGGAUGACCCCGUGGUCCUCUCGCUGCUGAGGCAGAACCUGAGGGAGAAACACGCACGGCACAUAGCAGACGUCCGCGCCUACUACGAGGCCGAGAUCAGCACACUGAGAGAGAAGCUGGACCUGGCUAGUUUACCCCUGGAUGUGGAGAAGAGCAACCAGAUCUUGCUAGAGAGGUGUGAGCACCUGGAGAGAGCCCUCACAGAGGCCAGCGUGCGAAUCCAGGAACUGGAGAACAGAAACCGGCACCUGGAGAGACAGCUGGCGGACUGGCCGGAGCGCUACGCCGCCGCUGGUUCGGCGGUGCGGGCCCUACAGCUUCACCUGAAGGAGAGCGAGCGGAGCGGCAGGGAGAAGGAGGCGGCUGUGUCCAGGCUGAGGAGCCGCAUGCGCCAGCUGGAGCAGGCGGCGCAGAGUGCCUGCAGGGAUGCCCUCGAGAAGGACGCCCACGCCAAGAAGGAGCACAAGAUGCUCCAGGACCUUCUUCAGGAGUACGACUCGUUAAGAAAGGAUCACGAGGGAGUUAAGGACAAUUUGGUGGUGACUGAGAAUAAACUCUUUGAUGCCAAUGAAGAAAUAUCAGAUCUGAAGAGGAUCAUCUCCAAACUGGAGGCCCAAGUUAAACAGCUGGAGCACGAGAACAUGGCUAAAACUCGCCAGGCUCCCAAGAGCCACACUCAGCCUUCCGGAGCAGGUUUAUUCCACCACCCUGAUCUGCUGCUGUCACCAGGCCAAAGGCAACGUGAUCUGGAAUCUAGCAGGAAGAGCACUGGGCUUCCCAAUAAGACAGCCAUCCACUCAGAAGGACGCGUCUCGCCCCCUGAAAGAGAGCGAGCUCAAGAGCAGACGGCCAGGAGGGACGUCCCACUGGCUCCGGUGAUGAAGGCUCUGAUUCAGAUGGAGGACACUAAGGCCACGGAGGGCCGGGCCCUGGCAAAGAGCGCCAGGUUAGGAAGGAGGAGACCCACCGUUGCAUUUGUAGACAACAUAAGGGAGUCUUUUCUGGAGCAGGGGGCAUCUGUGCUUCGGCCCCAGAGGAGCCUCUCUCCCGAGGGCCACCGCUCCUCGUCCCUGCCCCCCAGGACCCAGAGGGCAGGCCUUCCCUCCACACCCACAAAGAGAGAAACCCUGAUACAGCCCCUUUCAGCCAAGUCUAGUCCCAAGCGAUGCCCGACGGAGAACGUCUCCACAGCUUUCGGUCGCCCCCUGCCCUGCCAGCAGCACCUCCAUACCAGGUUCAGUUGGCACUUGGAUAAGAGAGGUUCCAGCGCCGGUGCGAGACUGCGCUUCACGCCCACGGAGGGAUCAGAAGCUAAUGCACAGUCUGGCAUGGGGUGGGCAGAGCCUACUGGAAGCAGUGACGUGGAGGAGCUGACCAUGCCCCCCGGGCAGGAGGAGCAGACGGCUGCAGAUGCGUCCCUACUUCCCCACGACCCCGGUGAUGAGGCCAGCCUCUCCUAUCACUCUCGCGUCCGCUCCCUGGCAGACGCUGAAAGGCUGUUUGACGAGCUCACGCAGGAGAAACAGCAGAUUGAGGCAGCACUGAGUCGAAUACCGGCAGCUGGGGCCAGGGCCUCCUUGCAGACCAAGCUCGAUGAGGUGACAUUAGAGAACCGGCUGGAGAAGGUGAAUCGGGAUUUAGGACACAUCCGCAUGACUCUGAAACGAUUCAACAUUCUUCGUUCUUCUGUCAACAUAUAGCUAGGAGUUCAUUUCCUCUUCCAAGGACUGUAAAGACUCUCUUUUUUUAGACUCUGAUAGAGGGCAGAUAUUUCUCCACUGUACAUAAUCUGAUGUGUACAUCUUAAAUAUUUCUACUUUUGUUAUUGUAGGAUAUUUUUUAUAUGUUUUACUACAUGGUAAAAAUUCACAUUUUUAAAGUAUAUUUUAAUAAUAACCACAUUUGUCUAUUAAAAAAAAACAAAACUAUACUUUUUUAUGUCAUGAAAUUGUAUGCUUGACUCAUUCAGGUUGAUGUCUGUCAUUUUAUUGCUGAUAUGGUGACUGGCGAGACCGUACCUCUGAAGGUUUACAGUUCAUGUUGGUUUUUAAUCUUGAAUUCCCAAUAGUGCAUUCCAGUUUGUUUUUGCCUUUUUAUUCUAUUCAUACUUGAAACAUGAUUAAGUUAUUGCUUGUUUUUUUGUUGCCAUUUUCAGACAGAGGGGUUUUGUUGUAUAUUUUUGCCUUUUUUUAUCCUCCCCUGUGCCAAAUGUGAAUAUAUCAAAUAGCUUUUUGUUGCCUUGUCACACGAUUUGAAAGACUCUUCUGGCUUGCAGCUCCCAAAUGCAAAUAUCUACCUUACAUCUCAUUUUGAUAUUCCCAUGAGCGACAUAAUUGCUUUUGUGACCUUUUCUGAUUCCAUGAAAAAUAUUCAACCAGCAUUGAUUGUUUACACACUGUUUUACAAGGCAGACCCUUUGAUAUUUUGAAGUAUUUGUGCAUCUUAGAAUUGAACGCCUUUUGUAAUGCAUGGAAAUUAAAAUAUUGCAGUGACUGAUUUGAACUCUAAAAAUGAAUUAGGCUUAUUCAUUGUCCCUGUAGAUCACUGGACGUAUUUACUCUUGCACCAGGCUGCUUCUAAAUAAAGAAAUGCAUAUUUGA